AUGUCAUCGGCAAAAUCGCACAAGCGGACUCUUCCGGAUUGCUUCCAACUCACCGGAACUGUCGAUCGCCCCACGCUCCAGCCUCUUCCGGCCAGCAGAAGCUCUCGCAGCCUCGGAGACACAGCUCAGCCUCCCUUCACCUUCACCCUCUCUCUCUCUUCACCUCAACCUCACCUCCCACCUUCACCACCACUCGAGCUCAACGCGAUGACGUCAGAUGAUCACGACGACAUGGUCCGUGCGCCAGUGCGCUCGAGCGACGUACAUAAGCUUCCCCUCCUCCUUACUCCCUCCCCUCAUCCCCUUCCCCCGUUCCUCCCUCCCCUCAUCCCCUCCCCCCGUUCCUCCCUCCCCUCAUCCCCUCCCCCCGUUCCUCCCUCCCUCUCCCACAUUCCCCACUCUCCCCCCAUUCUUCCCUCUCUCGCCCUCCUCUCCUUCGCUCUCCUCCUUCCCUUGUUCCCUCUUGCUCCACCGUUUACGCCCUAG